AUGGAUGAUAAACAAUCAGCAAUAAUUGAUAAAGAUUCGAAUAUACAAAAACCAGCAUUACCACCGAGAAGAAGACGUGUAGAUGAUUAUUGCCUUUUGUGGGUGGAUAUUGGGAUCGAUGAAUCAAAUAAAGAUCAUCAAUCUGUAUUAGAACAACUGCAUAGCUUCAUCAAUAACAUUGAAAUUUGCACCAAUGAACAGAAAUGCAUGGAAUUUAUCAAUGAAAAUGAUGACAGGAAAAUUUUUCUCAUUAUUUCUGAAUGUUUAGCGCAACAUUUAUUAUCUGAAAUUCACGGGAAAUCACAGCUUAUGGGGAUUUAUCUUCUUUCGCAUAAUCGAUCCAAUGAUGAAGAAUUGAUGAAGAAAUGGAACAAAAUUCAAGGAUUAUACACAUCAACAACAUCUAUUUGCAACAUGUUACAACCUGUUGUUAAACAAUAUGAUCACAACUCAGUUAAUAUGAGUUAUAUUCCCGAAAAUGAAAAUCUGAACCAAUUGGAAGCGAACUUUAUGUAUACUCAACUUUUCAAGGAAAUUUUACUUGAGAUCGAAUAUGAUGAAUAUUCUAUCAAGCGUUUGGCAACUUAUUGGCGAGAAUUAUUCGCUGACAGCAAGGUGAAAUUGAACCUUAUCGAUGAAUUUGAUCGUCUUUAUUGUUCUGAAAAAGCGAUUGAAUGGUAUACACGGGAUUGUUUCAUUUAUCGAAUGCUCAAUCAAUCGCUUCGUAAAUUCGAUAGUGAGAAUAUGAUCAAUAUGAGUUUCUUUCUUCGUGAUAUUCAUAUGCAAAUACAAGAAUUACAUCGAAAGCAAGUUAAUAGUUACAAUGGACAACGAUUUUUCGUUUAUCGUGGACAAGGAUUUUCGAAAGUGGAUUUUGAAAAACUUUUGAAAACCAAAGGAGGACUCAUUUCAUUCAAUAGUUUCUUGUCAACUAGUCGAGAUCCAGAAGUAGCACGUCCUUUUGCCAAUGGCGCUAUCGUAGGUACAGACACUGUUGGCGUUUUCUUUCGAAUGUCUAUCGAUCCUACGAUCGUAUCAACUCCAUUUGCUUCCAUUCAAGAAGUUAGCGGUUUCCCAGAAGAAGAAAUUCUUUUCUCUAUGCACGCUGUGUUUCGCGUACAAGAAAUAAAAGAAUCAAAUCACGAAAAUCCGUUGUAUGAAGUCGAACUUGAACUCACAAGUGACGAUAACGAUGAACAGCUUCAUACACUUACUCAAUAUAUGCGGAACAGGACACGAGCUCCAACUGGAUGGAGAAGAUUGGCUACGUUUUUGAUCGAAAUAGACCAAUUGGAAGAAGCUGGAAAAAUGUAUGCACUACUACUUGUACUAAGAUCUAAUGACAGUGAGAAAGCAUUUUAUUGUAACCAGCUUGGUACCAUUAAAGACAAACAAGGUGAUUAUGAGGCAGCACUGUGGUGUUACGAAGAAGCACUUACAACAACAGAAAAAAUUCUUCCUUUAAAUUACGAAUUUUUGGCUACUUGUUAUAACAACAUUGGUGCAGUCUAUGAAAAUAUGAAAGAUUAUUCACAAGCACUUUCACUUUACACGAAAUCAAAUGAGAUUCUACAAAGAAUUCUUCCAGAAAAUCAUCGGAAUAUGGCUGCCUCUUAUAACAACAUUGGCAAUGCUCAUCACCACAUGGGAGAGUACUCGAAAGCAUGUUUAUUCCUUGACAAAGCUCUUGAGAUUUUACAAAAAUCUCUUCCAUCAAAUCAUCCUUUAAUAGGUACAGCUUUUACUAAUAGCUCGUACAUAUACUAUGUAAUGGAAGAUUAUUCCAAAGCUCUUUCUUAUCUCGAACAAGCUCGAGAUAUUUGUACUCGUUCAUUACCUCCUGGUCACAUUCGAUUUCGAACUAUUGAGCGAAGACUUGAAGCGAUCAAACAGAAAUUGGAAAAUCAAAUUUGA